AUGGCUGUUGCUCGGCCGCGGCCUUACCGGCGGAUUCUGACCUCAGCGCUGCAUCGCAGGUUUGUGCAUGCAUCAGCUUUGUCGCUGUUGGUCUGUUAUAUCAUAUCUUUCGUCAUUGGCGAAAAAACAUCAUUAUUUUGGUCAUGGUUUCCUAUCGGCAUCUGUGGAUUUCGGACGAUCCUUCUCUUCGUCUCGAGUCUGGUGGUGUUUGUGUUGCGCGUUGGUCAAAUGCACAUUGGUACCAGAACCACGACGUCGCCAAUCACCACAUUCAAGCACCUGUUUCCUUUGCAUAUCGUCCAGACAUUCGGGUGGUACAUGUUCUCGGCCUGGUGGUUCAGUGAGGUUUAUGUGUGGUCUGCGCCAACUAGUGCCAAUCUCGGGUGGGUGAAGCCUGGCAGGAUCAAUGAGCGUCCAUCGCUUAACGAGCGGCCGAUUUAUCUACAUACGUACCACAUGCUACUUGCUAUUGUGCAGGCAGUCUUCCACUUAUACUGCGACUAUGACCGCAUCACUAUCCCCGUUGCCAAAGGAGGUUCCGCCGCCGAUCAGAGAACCCAUCCGGUGGAAUCUGUGUCAAAAAGAAUACAGCGCACGCUGCCGCGCGUAAUCAUUACUGGCUUUACACGAAGCGCAAUUAUUGCGGCUGCUAGCCCGUUUAUUUAUUCAAUCUUUCUCCGACGCGUGACGUGGCGAUUCACGCUCUAUUUCGCAAAGCUUUUUUGGAACUUCUCCCGGUCCUCGGCCGAGCCUCCAGGUCUUGUCCCUCCGCUCGGCCUUUCACUGCUUGCCCGCUCUGUGAUUUCCGGUGGCCUCUUGCUGCUCUGCUGGCAGACAUCGAACCUCUUUUUCACCUCUUUCAUCGGGAAGGAACCUUUGAAGCGGGGCCAGCCCCUGACUGCCGAGGCCAAGGACCCGAACGGCAGUCUGCUGAACGGGCUGAUGGCCAAGAAGGAGGUUGUGAGCACAUUUGCAUUCUGGGAGCUUUCUUUCAUCAGCCAGCGGUUCCCAGACCGUCGCAAAGCGAUCUUCAGCGACAUUGACCGCGAAGGUGGUGCAGCAUGGUCGCAGAUUCUCACGGCUUCGACGGAAACGAUCAAGGGGAUCACCACGCGCAUCGAUCAGCACAACAACCCGCCCUCAUCCCAGCGCCCUGUUGCGCCAGCCGAGAAGCCGCAGCCGGUGCUUCAGACUCUUCCGCGCCUGACCGACCCGCCUAAGGAGGGCAACUUCUUUGCCCCCUCCCCGAAAGGGACGUCCCGCCAGGAGCGGUUCGGCGAGGCGCUAAGUUCGACGGCCAAGGCGUACGGCAAAUCGGCAGACUGGACACCCACGGCGCGAGCCCGAGCCCGCGAUGCGUUUGAGCGUGCCUCGUCGGCGGUUCUGAGCCCGGAACGCAAACAGAAGCUUCUAGGAUCCUCCUCGGAACCAAAACUGCUGACGGGCCCUCCAUCGGCCCGCACCCCGGAAUCCCUGAACCCUUUACUCGCGCAGCUUCUGCGCUCCCCUCUCGGACACCCCGUGCGCCAGACGUACGCGCAGCGCCUCUCGAACAUCGUUCUGGGUCGCCCGUACGCCUCGCUAUGCCCGAUCGUGGACGCCAUCGAGUCGCUCACCCGGCUCCUCAUCGCCAGUCUCGCCGAAGACCAGUACGGCAAGGUGCAAGCGGACGUCCCCCACGUCGUCCGCCUCUUCACACACACCCUGCUCACGCUCGACGCCUUCGUCGCCUCGGGCCUCGACGUCCACUGGUCGGACGUUUCCUUCCCGCCCUCUUCCCAGCCGCAGGCUCAGGCUCUCGCCCGCCGCGUUCCGGACGUCGACCUCGUCCUCGACGCUCUUAGGUCCUCGCUCUCAGAGCUGCUCGUUGCCUUCGGGCCCUACGCGCGUGAUAUCGGCCUCGUGGAGAAGGACCUGCGACUCGCCCGCGAAGCUGCUAGUCUCGUUGAUGCAGAUGAUGUAUUCCGAUGA